AUGGCUCCUUCUCUCCUUACCAUCGGCACUGCCGCCUUGGCCCUGGCCGGCGAAGCCACCGCCAAGAAAUUCUCCCUCGAAGACACCUACGAUUCGAACAACUUCUUCAGCAAAUUUACUUUCUUUGAGAGUAAAUACGGAACCGGCAACUACAAUGACGUCGACCUGACUUCGGGUUACAUCAACUACCGUAACCAGGUUGACGCCGAGCAGUUGGGCCUCAUCAAUACCAACAACGGUGAGGUCUUCCUCGGCGUUGACAGCAAAAACGUCACUCAGUUCCCCGGUGUCGGACGUUCUAGCGUGCGCCUUGAGAGCAAGACCGUCUACAACAAGGCCCUCAUUGUCGCUCGGUUCUCUCACUUGCCCAAGGCCGUUUGUGGCUCUUGGCCCGCUUUCUGGUCUUACGGUUCCCCCUGGCCCACAAAGGGGGAGUUGGAUAUAUAUGAGGGCUGGAACAAUAACGCUGCCAACAAGCCUGCAGUCCACACUGACCAGUCUGCAUUGAGAGGACAGUGCCUGCUUAGCCAAGCUAGCCAGACAGCAAAGAUCGAGACGCCCAACUGCGAUAAUGCGGCUCCUGGACAAUACACCAACCAAGGAUGUGCGUCUACGGCCACUUCGGGCGACCCUUACGCCUCCAACGAAGGUGGAAUUUACGCGGUUGAGUGGACGGAUGACUACAUCAAGUUCUUCUCCUGGCGUUACGGAGCUGCUCCUGCGGACAUUGACUCCAGCAACCCCGAUACGUCCACCUGGGGCACUCCCAGUGUGCUGAUUGCGAAUGACCUUUGCAACAUUGACACUCACUUCAAGGACCAGCGUCUUGUCAUCAACAUCGACUUCUGCGGUGUCCUUGCUGGAAACGCUGACGUUUGGAAUGCUCAGUGCGCCAAGGCCACAAACCACGCCGUGUGCUCCAGCUAUGUCGCCCAGAACCCUCAGGCUUUUGCGGAUACCUACUUCAAGGUGAAGGAUAUCCGCAUCUUCAAGGAGGAUGGCAAGCCCAGCACAACCGCCGUUUCUACCAACACCACCGCUACUGCUCCUGUCUCCGGCUCUCCAUUCAGCAACACCACCACCAUCGGUUCUUCCGGCUCUUCUUCCGGCUCUUCUUCUGGAUCUGCCUCUGGAUCUGCCUCUGGAUCUUCCUCUGGAUCUUCCUCCGACUCUAGCUCCAGCUCCAGCUCCGGCUCCGGCUCCGGCUCCGUCAUCAGCACCCCCUUCACCAACUCUACUUCCUCCAGCUCUAGCUCUAGCGGCAACUCCGCCUCUGGAGCUGGCUCAGAUGCUGUCUCUGGCUCGUCCAACACUACUGUAACUAGCUCUGGCUCCGGUUCUGGCUCUGGUUCUAUCGUCAAUUCUGGUUCCACCAACUCCACUGCUUCCAGCUCAGACUCUGCUUCCGGUUCUGGUUCUGGUUCUGGCUCCGGCUCCGGCUCUGUCGUAAACUCUGGUUCCACCAACUCCACUGCUUCUGGCUCCGGCUCUGGCUCUGGCUCUGGCUCCGGCUCUGGCUCCGGCUCCGGCAUUGGUGCGUCUUCCAGUGUCCAGAUGACCACGUCAACUGUUUUCACCACCAAGAUCUCCACUGUUACGGCAUGCCCCGCGACUGUCACCAACUGCCCCGUGGGCAAGGUUGUCACUCAGACGAUUGCACUGUACACUACAGUCUGCCCGGUCACCGCCGUGCCCAAGACAACUCCUGCCACUGGCAAAUCCACCAAGAAGAACUCUUCCACCAAGGUCAACAAGAACACCUCUACCCAGAAGACUACCAAGCCCGCUACUGCCACUGGCCCCAAGACAACCGUCCUGACUAAGGUGUACACCAUCUCCAAGUGCCCUUCUUCCGUCCCCAACUGCCCUAUUGGCAGCGUGACCACCAAGGUCAUCACCAAGGUCAGCACUCCUGGCGUCCCAGCCACGCCCAAGACUACCACACCCACCGCAAAGGGUAACACCACCCCUGUGACCAAGGUUGUCACCAUCAGCACCACUCCUGCCAAGCCCACUGGCGGCAACACCAACAACAACGGUAACACCGCCAACAACAACAACAACAACAACAACACCAACAAGAGCACUGGCAACAGCACUUCUGCUGCUUGUUCUGGCUCCGGCUGCCCGGCCACGACGAAGCCGGUUACCACUAACGGCGCCGUCCAGGUCGGUGUCAGCUUCGCCCUCAUGGCUGUUGGUGCGAUUGCCGUCUUUGUCCUGUAG